AUGGCGGCGGUGGAGGCUAUAGUGGCGGAGGAGGUGGAGGCUAUGGAGGCGGCGGUGGGGGCUAUGGAGGAGGCGGUGGAGGUGGUCACGCGCAAACCUACCAAUGCGGGAGCGUCAGCUUAUGCUAGCGGCGGAGGCGGUGGCCACGGUGGUGGAUAUGGUGCUGGCGGCGGUCACGGUGGUGGAUAUGGUGCUGGCGGUGGUGGUGGUGGCGGAUAUGGUGGUGGCGGCGGUGUCCACGUUCAAACGUAUAAAAUCAUUACUUCCGGAGGUGGUGGCGGUUAUGGUGGUGGCGGCGGUCAUGGCGGUGGUGGUGGCGGCGGUUAUGGCGGUGGUGCUGGCGGAGGCGGUUAUGGAGGUGGACAUGUUCAAACCUAUAAAAUCAUUACAUCCGGAGGCGGUGGCGGCUACGGUGGUGGCGGCUACAGUGGUGGCGCAGCUGCUAGCGCUGGAGGAGGCUAUAUUGGUGGUGGCGGGUAUGGUGGAGGAGGCGGCGGCGGUGGUGGUGGUGGUCACGUCCAAACCUAUAAAAUCAUUUCUUCGGGCGGAGGUGGUGGCGGUUAUGGCGGCGGAGGAGGUGGUGGUUAUGGCGGCGGAGGUGGUGGUGGCUAUGGCGGCGGAGGAGGCGGUGGCUAUGGCGGCGGUGUCGGUGCCGCUGUUGCUGCUGCUAGUGCUGUUGCUGGAUCCAGUGCUGGAGGCGGCGGUGGAGGUUGGUCCACCGGUGGCGGUUGUGUUGCUGUCUUAACAGUCAAUGACAUUGUGGCUGCUUCGGCAUUGCUGCAUAUGACAAAGAGUUAUCGUGCAGCCCUCAUGGCAUGA